GCGGUACAAAUACAUUGAAACUCCUGUAGCUGCCUUUUUCGUUCUUUAUACUUUGUAAAACGUGCUCUUUUGUAGUGUAUUCGACAUACUGUAAUUGUAUUAAUGCUGAACACGCUGUUUACAUCUGCCGGUGCAGAGCGAUCACAUGACGUUAACACCGCCCUAUUGUCAGAGCUCUCGCUCUACAGGCAGGCAAUCUGUUCGCUCUGGUUUGUGCAUUUCUGCUUAGAUUGACAGUCCGCUAAUACUCCCUGCUACGCUUUAUUUUUCACUAUGAAUAUUAAAAACCUUUGGGUCGCGGACCACAGUUUGGGAACCCGUGCUUUAGCCAACUAUACACAAGAUGAAAUAUAUAACGAGUUAUUGUAACUCAGAUGCCUGGAAUACAAGAUUAUAAUAGCCUGGCGCCUCCAGUCUGCUGAGACCGGAGUGUUGUCAAGGUCAUACGACUACUUUGCACUCAUUUUACAGUAGGUAUGGGAUCUGGCAUGAGAGGGCACAUACACACUGCAGGCCGGCGCAUUGUCUUACCACUAAACUGCUCCUUCUCGCCGCCCGCGCCCACGCCCCCUCUGCCCUCUCUCCUUCUAUACGUCAUUUUCGCUGCCUGUUUGUUUUCGCUCGGCUGAUACAGUUACAGUACAUAGUUCACGAAAACAAAACGAUUGGAGACCUUUGUUAUGAAUAUCUACAGUGCUACCGAGGUAGCAGGUAACUUUGGCAAACUCGGCGGAAUUGAAUCUUGACGCUCAGAAACGACAGCGGCAGUGAGAUGGGGCGGCGGAUAGCUGUGAUCGGGGCCGGAGCCACGGGGCUCACCUGCAUUAAGAGCUGUUUGGACGAGGGGCUGGAGCCGGUCUGCUUCGAACGCAGCAAGGACAUCGGGGGGCUCUGGAGGUUCAAGGAGGAAGCGGAGGCUGAGCGAGCCAGUAUCUACCACUCGGUCAUCAUCAACACCUCCAAAGAGAUGAUGUGCUACAGCGACUUCCCCAUUCCUGAUCACUUUCCCAACUACAUGCACAACUCCCGCAUCCUGGAAUACUUCCGCAUGUACGCCCAGCACUUUGACCUGACGCGCCACGUUCGCUUCCAGACCGCAGUGCGCAGUGUGAAGAAGCGUCCGGAUUUCUCCCGCUCGGGACAGUGGGAGGUGGUGAGUGUGAGCAGUGCGGGGCAGGAGCAAUCAGAAACCUUCGACGGGGUGAUGGUCUGCACUGGACACCACACCCACCCCCACAUGCCUCUGCACGACUUCCCAGGUAGGGACUCCCACACAAGUGCUCUCGGGAACGGCGAAGACGAACACACGCUGUCCUCCCAAGCGUGUGCCGUCAGCCGACCACUUUUUUUUACACUGCAAACUCACCACACAGCCACCCAGAGCUACAGCGUCGGAGGACAACGCAGCUCUGGGCAGCUUACAGGUAAGCCCGCAGGCGCCUGGCCAGACUACAGGGGUCGCUGGUGCGCGGUGAGCCGAGAACACCCUGGCCGACCUAACCCUCCCUCCCCCCGGGCGACGCUUGGCCAAUUGUGUGCCGCCCCCUGGGAGCUCCAGUCCUCGGUCGGCAAAGGAAUAGCCUGGACUCAAACCGACGAUGUCCAGACUAUAGGGCGCAUCCUGCACUCUACGCAAGUGCUUUUACUGGAUUACUUAAGUACGAGUGUGGUGUUCCAGGACGGGAGCGUGGAGGACAAAAUCGACGUGGUGGUCUUCGCCACGGGAUACACCUUCUCCUUCCCCUUCCUCGACGACUCUGUCCUCGCUGUGGCCGACAACCAGGUGUCUCUGUACAAGUACGUGUUCCCUCCUGCCUUGGAGCGCCCCACACUGGCUGUCAUUGGACUCAUCCAGCCUCUAGGAGCCAUCAUGCCCAUCUCGGAGCUGCAGGCGCGGUGGGCAACGCGGGUCUUUGCAGAAUUACAAAAGCUGCCACCGGAGAAAACUAUGCUGAAGGACAUUGAGAAUAAGAAAAAGGCGAUGGCCAAAAGGUACGUGCUGUCCCAGCGCCACACCAUCCAGGUGGACUAUAUCCCCUACAUGGAUGAGCUGGCUGCACAGCUGGGCGUGCGCCCCAGGCUAGGCUGGCUGCUGCUCAGGGAUCCGAGGCUGGGUCUGCAGUUGCUGUUGGGACCCUGCACCCCAUACCAGUACCGCCUCUGUGGGCCGGGGCAGUGGGCCGGGGCUCGCCGUGCCAUCCUCACGCAGUGGGACCGCGUCGCCAAGCCGCUGAGAACACGUGUGCUCCUGGAAACACCCCGCCCCUCCACGGUGCCUCUGCUGCUCAAACUGUCUGCUGCCUGUCUGCUGUGCACUGCAGCUUCCCUUUACAUCCACUGCUACCCUCCCCCCUUUAUCCAGAACCCUCCCCCCUUUAUCCAGAGAUUUGUACCCAACUUAGGGUGACCAGAUGUCCUGGUUUUACAGGGACCAUCCCCUUUUCCCAUCAAAUGUCCCUAUGUCCUGAGAUUUUUCCAGAAACCUUAAAGUCCUAGUUUGCAAAGGAGCCAGAUAGCGCUCCUUGCGUUAAUUACAUAAAUAAUCAGCAAUCAUAUUAAUGUGUCAUGAAUAAUAUUUUUCAUAUAGGUUAGUGUACUAAAUUAAAAAUGUGCAAAAGCAGCAGUAAAAACAGCAAUCCAUAUGAUUAGAACAUGUAGUUCAACAUGGCCAGGAGCUGGAAAGGGAAGGUGCCGUGGUUGUGCAGCAGACAGAGCUCGUUGUUUUUUUUUUAUUUUACUGUGAAAACAGUAACAGUGAUAAAAGCACUAUAUUCAAAUAAGAAGCAUGCUUUAAAAAGUGUCGUUUUAUAACUAUUCUUAAUCUAUGUGCCCCGGUCCUGAGCUUUGGAAAUCUGGGGACUCUUACCCAGCUAGGCAGAAAAUACAAUUCAGAACUUUCCAUUGUCUGCUUCAGUUACCGUCCCCGUUACCUCACCCUGACCCGGGACUUUGGUGACCAUCAGCUGUAUUUUGAAUUAACAAAGAGAAAUUGCCAACAUGAAAACAUGUUGUAAAAGGUGUCACAUUUUGUAAUUGGUGUUUUGCUAUAAAUAUGAAUAAAUGAUUAUAUUUAACCUCAA